UCAAUUAAUAUUGUAUGAUUUUAAUCCAUUACGAAACUAUGUGCAUUCAUUUUUUACUAUUAUUUCGUUGAAUCAGUAAAACAAAAUGAAUUAAUAAACAAAUCAUAAUUAAUUGAUAGAGUAACUUUAGAAUUUUUAAUUCGAGACUAACAACAUCGUGAGACUGGAAAUAAUACAUCACGAAGCGAUAUCCGCACUCAAAAAAGCAAGGUUCAUCUUUCAGUUACAAAAGAUAGCAGUUUAUGUCUUUUGGUCCUGAUAAAUCAUUGAAUCCCUUUAUCUGAAACGACACCAGUCAGAACAAAUAUAUCUGGACAUUAUUUUCGAUGGCAGGAACUAACGGUAAAUAAGCCAGAAACAGAAAUAGGUGCUAUUUUUUGAUCUGGUUGUGCGAAUUCGUCGGAAACUUCAUCGAUCUAUCCGUGUUCUGCCGUACGUCGUUCAUCUAGACAGCUUCAUUAACACCAUAAUCGAAAGCACAUCGAUUCUUGUAAAUAAUGUAGCGACAGGUAGAAAAUAUGAAUCUAAUUUAUCUGUUCUACAUGCACACGCUUCUGAAUAAAGAAUUGAUUUUUCUGUUACAAUAUCUAAAAACUUCGGCAUAUGAUUAAACGAUCUUAAAAAUUUAAUAAUAAAUAUUCCUUUCCAGAAUGAAUAAACUCAAAUAUUUUUCUCUAGGAUGGUUUCGUAUCGGUAGCAUGAAUAACGUACGAGAGUUACAUACAGCAACUGUAUUAACAAAUGGAAAAGUAUUAGUUAUUGGAGGGCUUUAUGGUAUCGAUCCUACUAUUAGUGAGUUGUAUGAUCCAUCAACAAAAAAUUGGGCAAUUACUGGUAGCAUACAUAAUGCACGCGAAGGACAUACAGCAUCUUUAUUAACAAAUGGACAAGUGUUAGUUACCGGUGGAACACAUGGUGUCAAUUUAAAUACUGCUGAAUUGUAUGAUCUAUCAACCGGAACUUGGACAACUACUGGUAACAUGAAUGAUCCACGAGAUGGGCAUGCAACAUCCUUAUUAAUAAAUGAACAAGUAUUAGUUACUGGUGGAAAUGAUGGUUUGAACGCUUUAAAUAGUGCUGAGUUGUAUGAUCCAUCAACAAGAAUGUGGACAAAUACUGGUAGCAUGAAUUAUGCACGAGAACACCAUACAGCAUCCUUAUUAACAAAUGGAAAAGUCUUAGUUACUGGUGGAAAUGAUGGCUUGGGCACUUUAAAUAGUGCUGAGUUGUAUGAUCCGUCAACAGGAACAUGGACAAAUACUGGUAGUAUGAAUUAUGCACGAGAGCACCAUACAGCAUCCUUAUUAACAAAUGAAAAAGUGUUAGUUACUGGUGGCUAUAAUCGUGAUGCUCUCAAUAGUACUGAAUUGUAUGAUCUAUCAACCGGAACUUGGACAACUACUGGUAACAUGAAUGACCCACGAGAGCAACAUACAGCAUCCGUAUUAAUAAAUGGACACGUGUUAGUUACUGGUGGACAGGGAAAUUUCCGUAGUUUUAGUAGCACUGAAUUGUAUAAUCCAUCAACAGAAAUUUGGACAACUACUGGUAACAUGAAUGAUGCGCGAUCUCGGCACACAUCAUCUAUAUUAGCAAAUGGAAAUGUGUUAGUUACUGGUGGUUUUAGCGGUGUUGAAAUGCUCAGCAAUGCAGAGUUAUAUCAAACAUUUCAAAUAAAUUAA